UUAUAUAGUGCAAUUUAUAGGGAAUAUUAAUUUUAAUAGUUUUCGUACAGUGAAUAAGUCAUACAUACUGUGUGUUAUAUUAUACACGAAACCUUGUAAAUAUCGUCAAAAAGAAUUAGGACCUUUAAAACAUGCAUUUAGAUAAAGGACAUUUAGGCAAUUUUAUUCUUGAUAAUGAAGAGAAUAAUAAUCUUGACAGUGAUGCAAGUAACGAUAGUAUACAAACAUUGUCAGAAGACAGCAGUUUGAGCAAUGAUGAUACAGACAGCGAAGACAAUGAGGAACUUUCUGAUUCAAAUAAUGCACACACAAGUGGCAGUAUAGAAUCAACUUUAUUAAAUGCAAAUGAGGAAGAAGAUGAAGUUGUAAAAGCAAUAAUUAGGUCAAAAGAUAUAAAUACAAAUCAUCCUCCACCUAUUACAACAGAAGAUCAUGUGGUAGAUAUAUGUUUCCAUCCUAAUUCAAACAUGAUCGCUGUAGCUAAUAUUGUAGGAGAUGUAUACUUAUACAAAUAUAAUAAUACAGAAACAGAACUGAUAUCAACUCUAGAAUUGCAUCUUAAAGCAUGUCGUGACAUAGAAUUUAAUGACUCUGGUACAACUUUAUUUUCUACUGCUAAGGAUUUAUGUGUAAUGCUCACUGAUGUAGAAACAGAAAAGUUAAUAAGACUUUAUGAAAAUGCACAUGAGGAGCCAAUAUAUACAAUGACUGUAAUUGGAGAACAUAUGUUUGCAACUGGAGACGAUGAUGGUGUAGUAAAAAUAUGGGAUCUUCGACAAAGAGAGAAUAUACCUAUAUUUUCAUUAAAAAAAAUGGAGGAUUAUGUAAGCACUAUAGUAACAAACAAAGAAGGGAAAUACUUAGUUUGUGCAAGUGGAGAUGGAUGUCUUACUACAUUUAAUAUACCAGGAAAGAAACUACAUGUUCAAUCAGAAGAAUAUGAAGAGGAACUGACAUGUCUUGGUUUAUUUAAAUCUGAAACAAAAAUAUUGGUGGGUACAAGUAAAGGAAAAAUGUAUGUAUAUAAUUGGGGAGAAUUUGGUCUUCAUUCAGAUGAGUUUCCGAAUUUAACUAAAAAAGCUAUAAACUGUAUGAUUCCAAUUACUGAAAAUGUUGUGAUAACAGGUGGAGAAGAUGGAAUACUUAGGGCUACCAGCCUGUUUCCUCAUCAUCAUCUUGGAAUAGUAGGAGAACAUAAUCUUUCUAUUGAAGCACUUGAUGUUAACAGUGAUGGUACUUUAAUUGCAUCUUCGUCGCACGAUAAUGAUAUCAAGUUUUGGAAUGUACAAUAUUUUGAAACUUUAGACGUUAGUGAACGUGUAAAAGGUGGAAAGCAAAGACAAUUAAAACGUAAUCUUCCAAGUAGUAAAAUUGAUAAUGCAUCUACCUUUUUUUCGGAUCUUCAAUAAAGAAAAUAAAUUAUUAUGAAUGUAUUGUAAAUUUACAAAUGAUUAAAUUAUCAGAUUCACAUAUAA